CUUUGGGGAGAUUUAGAUCAUGUUGAUCCUCUGGAACUUGCCCAUGGGGAGUGUGUGAGUGCUGCUGCAAGCUGGAUUGAACGUCGGCGAGUCAUGAAGUUCUUGAAAGGUCUCAAUCAAGAUUUUGAGGGGAGAAGGGCUGCUUUACUGCAUCAAACCACUACCCCUUCUCUCAAAGAAGCCAUUGCAGCUAUGUCUAGAGAGGAAGUGCGUCUGAAUAUGACAAAGGGAAGCGAUUCUGUCCCGCAUCCGACCUUCUACACUACCGAGAGACAAGAGAUGAGAGACUGCUAUACUUGUGGACAAAAGGGACACUUGAAGCAUCAAUGUACCUCCUUUGCUACACCCAGUAGGGGGAGAGGAGGAUACACACAUGGCAGAGGAAGCUACAGAGGAAGAGGUGAUGGCAGAGGUGGUGGACAGCCAUAUGGACAGCAGUAUGGAAGAGGUGGUGGACAGCAGUAUGGCAGAGGUGGUGGACAGCCAUAUGGACAUCAGUAUGGCAGAGGUGGUGGACAACCAUAUGGACAACAAUAUGGCAGGGGUGGUGGACAGCAGCACGCUAUAUCACCCAAGGCACAUAUGGCAGCAGCUUCAGAGCUAACUACCAGUACCUCUCAGGGACAAUCAAAGGAAGAAGGACAGAAUGAAGCAACCUUUGGGAACUUUGCUCACUAUGUCUACAAAGAUGAAGGAAAGGGAGAGCAGCAGGAAGAUUGGGACUGCAACCAGGCAUAGGGGUCUUUGGCACAUAGAUCGUGACAAGAUGGGGCAUGAUGCUAGUUCUGUGUUUGCUGCGAUUGUUGGAGGAAAGGAGAGUAUGGCCCUAGUUCAUCAUUGUCGAAUGGGCCACAUGGCAUUUGAUAAAAUGUUUCGAGUUUUUCCUGAUGUAAUGAAUGGAGUGGACAAAACCAAAUUAUGUUGUGAUGCCUGCGAAUAUGCUAAGCAUACGAGAACCUCUUAUGUUAGUAGAGGGAUCAGAAGUGUAUCCCCAUUUGUGUUAGUGCACUCUGAUGUAUGGACGUGUCCUGUUGUGUCAGUAAGUGGCAUGAAGUACUUUGUGACUUUUAUUGACUGCUA